GGAUAGAUGGUGCGAAGUUUGAGGCACUUCUUAACUAACUUUAACAACGGUCACUAAACAUUUUUUCCUCCUCUUUUCUUUCCCACUUUCCUUCAUUUGCUCUCUGUCCAAACAUGCACUCUGCAACCUCAAAAACGCCACCUUUCUUCAUGACAAUCCCCUCAAAACUCACCAACCCUAAACCUAGACACAUUCAAUUCAAACCCACAAAACAAAAUCACAGAAAAUCCUCAUUCAAGCCUCUAAAAUACAUCCAAAACUCCAACUCCAAUCUCGAAUCAUUGUCUUCUUCAUUGAUUCCAACUUCCCAAAACCCUAAUUCCCUCCUCUUCUGCCCCUCAUUGACAGUCAAAAAGCUUCAAUCUCUGGCAUCAGAGUUCAAAGCUCUGCCUGAGCCGAUCGAUCGCGUGAAGCGGCUCUUAAUCUACGCUUCUCAUAUUCCUCCAUUUGACGAGUCAGAUCGAUUGGAAUCGAAUCGGGUCAUGGGUUGUACGACCCAGGUGUGGUUGGAAGUGAAGAUGGAUUCGAAGGGGCUAAUGAGAUUCAGAGCCGACAGCGAUUCGGAGAUCACGAAGGGGUUCUGUUCGUGCUUGAUUUGGGUGCUGGACACGGCGGCGCCGGAGGAGGUGGUGGCGGUGAAGGCGGAGGAUUUGGAGGAUUUGAAUGUUGGGUUGUCGGGUCGGACCCAUUCUAGGGUGAAUACUUGGCAUAAUGUGUUGAUGAGUAUGCAGAAGAGGACUAGAGAUUUGGUUGAGGAGAGAGAAAGAGAGAGGUGUCUGGAACCUUUUUCAAUCUUUGGUUGAAAAUGGAAGUUAUGCCUCAGCACAGGAAAGACUUUGCAGUCCUGGAGUAGCACAGUUUUCUUGACUGGAAUCAUAUCGUAUCGGAAGAUACCUACCUCAUGGAUGAUCUUGGGUUCCACCAUCCCUUGUGAAAGGGCUUACAAGUUGCUUUCAGAGUUUUAUGGUUGGUUGAGUUUUGUAAUAGCAAAAAAAACCAACCUGAAAUCUUGUAAAAUGUCGACAGAAUAUAGGAGAAGAAUAUGGUUGAAGAUACUUCCCACAAGUAAAGCUCUGAAAAUCUUCCUAUUGGUAUUUCAUAGUGAAUCAACAUUUUUAUUAUGUGUUCGAAAAA